AUGAAGAUUAUACAUCAAAAUGGAUAUACAACUGAAGAACUAAAGAGCUGGAGAGUCACUGUGUUUCGAAAUAUCAUUCAGUCAGCACAGACAAUCGUAAACGCUCUGCGCCAAUUUGAGCACCAACUGCAAUCAGAAAAACUUGAUUAUGAAGCGCAAAAAAUCAUGGACUAUCGCUUGACAGACGAUUGCAUUGACCCGUUGUUUAUUGAUGCUGUCAUUUCUAUUUGGAAUACAUCUGCUGUUGCUACCUUGUUGGAAACAAAUUCAUCAGAUUUUUAUUUGAUGGAUUCAGCCUCAUACUUUUUUGAUAAUUUGAAUCGGAUAGGUCAGACAGACUAUGUUCCUACUGAACAAGAUGUUGUGCAUGCAAGAUCAAAGACAACUGGUAUUGUUGAAACAAGAUUUACUAUCAACAAGAUAACUAUUCAUAUGUUUGAUGUGGGAGGACAGCGAUCCGAAAGAAAGAAAUGGAUUCAUUGCUUUGAAGCAGUAGAUUCUAUUGUCUUUUGUGUUUCUUUAUCAGAAUAUGAUCAAGUCUUGCUGGAAGAAUCAAGACAGAAUCGUAUGAUGGAAAGUCUUGUGUUGUUUGAAUCAGUAGUCAAUAGCCGUUGGUUUUCUGGAACAACAAUCAUUAUGUUCUUGAACAAAGUUGAUAUAUUUAAGGAAAAGAUAAAGAAGAUACCAUUAGAAAGAUACUUUCCUGAUUAUGGUGGAGGAAAGAAGGUCAAUUUAGCAGCAAAAUACAUCUUGUGGCGAUUCAAUCAAACAAAUCGAGCCAAACUAAAAAUCUAUCCACAUUUAACACAAGCAACUUCGACAACCAAUGUAAGUAAACAUCAUAAUACAUUCAAUGUAACUUAUUUCUAUUAG